UAACGUUAUCCACUAUUCUGUAUAUAAUAUUGCCACACAGAGUGGUCGUUUUUGUUAAUAAAAAAUUAUCAAAUUAGGGUUACUAACAUGAUGGAGGAUGAUUCUCAUGAAUAAUUUGCUUGUGUAAAUUAAAUAGGAUGUUAUUCAAAAAAUUACUACAGAAUCAAUCAUUAAAGACUUUCAGAAUGUGAAGCAAUGUCGAGUUUUACUUUGAUAAAUAUUUAAGUAUGACUUGUACAAAGAACAAAGAAAUACAUAACUUUGAUAAAUGAUCGGGUUUCAUUUUUGAAUUGAAAUAUGAUAAUUUAUAUCAAUUGAUAAAAUAAUAAUAAUAAUGUCUUCACCCUAGAAAAAUGAAAUUCUUCCUCCGUCGCUGCUGUUAGUCCUCAGAGAAGCCUAAUGCUAUAAAUGUAUUCAUAGCUUAUGCAAGGAUGAAUAUUCUGCUGCUUCUUCAAAAUUUUGAAAUUCCUCUCUUCAUCAGCUUAUUAAUGCUGAUCACGAAGGCUCGGGAUAUCUUCAUUUUCUUUUCUUCAAUUUUUAGGACCACAGGCCUCACUUUUCCAGUUGGUGCUUCUAUCCUGGGCCAAAACUUGAAGAUCUGCUCUCUCCCUCUAAAGAUUUUCGCUGCGGAGGGGGAUGAGAUUAUUAUUCUUUUUUCUUUUUUUUUUUCUGCUUGUUCUUUUUCUCAUUUGGUUUCUGCUCCAAUUUAAAUAAAAAAUACAAAGAUUGUUUGUGGUUGCAAAACAAUAGAGAAGAGUGUGAAAUUAUUUGUCAGUUAUUUUCAAUUUGGUCUUUCUCCAGACAAAACCCCUAGUCCUUCUCAUAAGGACUCGUUCAAUGCCUAUGGUUCUAGCCACUGAUACAAAACCAACAUGUCCACCUAACUCUCCCAAAUUAGGACGCCAUUUACAUUUAUGCCCUUUGACUUGUAAACCCUCCUUUAUUGUCUCACCCCAAACACCCAGAUAAAUCUAAUCACCCAAAACCAUACAUUCUUUUCCCCCUCAAGUUGUUCAGGUUCAUUUUGGUCACAUCUCUAAGCAAAAAAAUCCCAGGCCGGAUUAUUAGAUUUCCGGCCAACCAAUCAACUUUCUUCAUUCUUAUUCCAGCGAUGACGACAAGCACAGUCGAAAGCACGCCGCAAUCAUACACCUCCCCGCCGGUGACCAUUAUCCUCACCAUCAUCCUACUCGUGUUCUUCUUCGUGGGCUUUUUCUCCGUGUAUUUUUGCAGGUGUUUCAUGGAAAACUUGCUUUACUCGUGGUAUAUCAAUCAUAGCCCCACGGGGACACCGGUGGGCCCGGCGUGCCCUAAUGAAGGCCAAGGCUUGGAUAGCUCGAUAAUACAGACUUUUCCAACGUUCACUUAUGCAAGCGUCAAAGAUCUUAGAAAAGAAAAAUACGGGCUAGAAUGUGCCAUUUGCUUGUCAGAGUUUGCAGACGAUGACAUACUUCGGCUUUUGACAGCAUGUUGCCACGUGUUCCACCAAGAGUGCAUCGAUCUAUGGCUCGCAUCUCACAACACAUGCCCGGUGUGCCGGCGGAACCUCGACGGAACUGAGAAAUCGCCUGAAAAGUCACCGGUGCAUACCGCCAUGCAUGAAAUCAAUGAAAACGAGGCAUUGGAAGUGGAAGACGGUUUUGGCAUUACAGUCAAAGAUGAGGAUGACAAUGACAGACAUGGCAUGGGAGAGGAGGGGGUAGUUGCGCCUAGCACGGUGGAAUUCGAAAAAAGCGACGGACAAAAUGAGGUGGAGAAAUUUCCAAGGUCACAUUCAACCGGGCAUUCGAUAGUUAGGGCUAGAACUUGGGAAGAUAGGUUUACAUUGAGAUUGCCGGAACAUUUGCAUGUGAAACUUGUAAGGGGACAUAAUUGGACCGGAAGUUGCACCACAUUUGGAGAAUUCAAGAGCAAAACAUCCACCGGUUAUGGCGGUUUUGGCGAGGUUUCGGAUUUUUCAGGCGGAGAUGUCAACCGAGUAUGAGUCCAUUUUUUUUUUCCGCCUAUUAUUUGAUGAUAAUGGGUAGCCAUAAAAAGACUGUCAUUGUUUCAUAUUCAUAUGAACACAACAUAAUGUUAGGAUAGGAAGAUAGAAUAGGUGAUUUUGCAGAGCACUGGACAUUUUCAAAUCUGUAUAUUAAUGUGCUAUUUUUAAUUAGUUUCUUGUAUGUAGCUUUAAUGAACUUUAUCUUGCUCAAAUGAGCAUGA